AUGGCUACGAUGACAGAACCACUGAAGCAGCUAUUGAGACAGAAAUUUGGGAAAAAUGCAAACAUAGAAGAAUUUUGGACAACUGAACAAAACCAUGCUUUCACCUCGUUAAAAGACACGUUAACAAAAAUUCAGACACUUGGUUAUUACGACGUUAAUGAUAAAACUCAAGUUAUAGCCGAUGCUAGUCCGGUAGGAUUAGGUGCAGUCUUAGUACAAAUUGAUGCUAAUGGUCCUAGGAUUAUCGCGUACGGAAACCGUACGUUGACGGACUGUGAACGAAGAUAUAGUCAAACUGAGAAAGAAGCUCUUGCCUUGGUUUGGGCUAUUGAACACUUUAAUGUGUUUUUGUUUGGUAAAGAGUUUGAUCUUAUCACAGAUCAUAAGCCGUUAGAGAUUUUGUUUGGAACAAAAUCAAAACCGUGCGCUAGAAUAGAGCGAUGGGUGUUAAGACUUCAGGCUUACCGAUAUAACAUUAAGUAUAAGCCUGGCAAGUCAAAUAUAGCAGACCCGUUGUCGCGUUUGUGCGAAUAUGCAAAUUACCCAAAGGCCAAAAGUGACGAACAUGUUCAUCAAAUCGUGGAGAAUGCAAGACCUCGUGCAGUUUCUAUGGCUGAUAUUAAGAGAUACUCAGAAGAGGACGUAGAAAUACUCAAGGUAAAAAAAGGCAUUUACAGUAAUGAAUGGGACGAUAGUAUAAAAGGGUAUAAAAUAUUUGAAAACGAAUUGUGUUUCUUUGAUAACGUACUCUUAAGAGGUAAUAGGCUGGUUAUACCGUCUAAGCUUCGAAGGAAUGUUUUAGACGCAGCUCAUGAAGGGCACCCAGGGAUCGUGGCAAUGAAGGGUCGACUGAGAUGCAAAGUAUGGUGGCCAAGGAUAGAUAAGGAUGCAGAGACCUUAGUAAAAAGUUGUAGGGGUUGUACAUUGGUUGGUUUGCCAAAUCCACCUGUACCUAUGAAGCGUCGCGAACUGCCGGAAGCACCUUGGGUAGAUAUUGCCAUGGAUUUACUCGGUCCUUUACCAAGUGGUGACUAUCUUUUUGUGGUAGUGGAUUAUUAUAGCCGUUAUAAAGAGGUGAAAAUCACUAAAAUUAUUACCAGUGCUGUUAUAAUUAAACUGUUAAAAGAAAUAUUUAGCCGAUUAGGCUAUCCUUCAUCAAUCACAGCUGACAACGGACGACAGUUUGUUAGUGACGAGUUAAAAACAUUCUGCAAAGAUUGUAACAUACUGUUAUUUAAUACCAUUCCCUACUGGCCUCAGCAAAAUGGUGAGGUAGAAAGGCAAAAUCGGGAUAUACUAAAGCGCUUAAAGAUUGGCAAACUCGAAAAAAAAGACUUGCAAGAAUGUCUAAAUGAAUACCUUAUAAUGUAUAAUUCGACACCACAUUCUGUGACUGGAAAAACACCGACAGAACUAUUCUUCAAAAGACUAAACAGAGAUAAAAUUCCAACAAUUCAAGACAUAAGUAAUAAAAUUGAUGACACAGAGAUAAGAGACAAGGACAGAGAACAGAAGGAAAAAGGAAAAAAUUAUGGUGAUAGGAUGAGGAAUGCUCGGGACACAGAUUUAAAUGAAGGAGACAAGGUGUAUGUUAAAGAAAUCAACAAAACAAAUAAGCUUACUUUAAAUUAUAAACCAACACCACACGUUGUGGAAAAUACAAAGAAGGGAGACAUAACAAUCAGGAAUGAAGAAACUGGACAAACCUUAAGAAGGAACAUAGUACAUUUAAAAAGAGUAGAAGGGCAAUGGAAAGCUGUAGAGGAAGAUAAAGAAAGUGAAGUUGUUGAACCUGGAGUAAGUGGAAGUCAAUAG